AUGGCGAGCCGCCCGCUCUACCCCUGCAGCCACGACCCGCGCCCGCCCUCCUCCUUGCCCUUCCCGGCGGCAAAGCAACGGCAUCCGUUGUCGUGGCCGCCGGUCGUACAUCCCCACUCCCUAACCUACGAGACUGACCCGUGUCUCUCUUCACCGGCACCGGGCCCGCAGGCGGGAGAGGUGGGGACUAGGGAGCUAGGGUUCCCGUCGGUGCCGGCGCAGACCAGUCUGAUGGCGGCAGGCGCGGGCGAGAGCCUAGGGGUGGAAAGACUCCUCUCCAACACCGAAGAUCUCGUGGGCGUCCUCCGCACCAGCACCGACCGCGACGGCAACGCGCAGGUCGGCGCCAUAGCGCGGAGGCUGCUGUCCGGCUAUCGAUUCGAGUUUGACGACCUCGAGCUGCAUAUCAAAGGUCCGCUUGUCACCUGUCCUGUUGUUUCUAUGUUUUCUGUGUUUCUCCUCGAUUGGCUAAAUCUUUUCCUCCGUUCACCAAGGCUCAGAAAAUUAUUUGUGAAACUGUGGUAUCUGAUUAGUCGGCAAAAGUGUAGCUUACUGGUAGCGAACAAAAGGCAGUUGUUGAACCACUUCCAAAGAGCCAAGGGUCGGGUCGGGUGGGCGGUCCGCGCGGCGGAGGGCGCCGGUGGGUCCCGGUGCGGGCCGUCGCCUCUGGCGAGCGCGUUCGGGAUCGCGGCACGGUGCAACGCCACGUCGUCGUCCGCGGUGUCGGAGGCUGCCGGCGUCCACACGCUACCCCGGACGGAGCCCGUGGUGUCGGCCGAGUGGCUGCACGCCAACCUCAAGGACCCCGACGUCAAGGUACUUGAUGCCUCUUGGUAUAUGCCUGCAGAACAAAGGAAUCCAUUACAAGAGUACCAGGUGGCCCAUAUUCCUGGUGCUUUGUUCUUUGAUGUUGAUGGAAUAUCUGACAGAACAUCUAGUUUACCACACAUGCUGCCAUCUGAAAAGGCAUUUUCAGCUGCUGUAUCUGCUCUUGGCAUCUACAACAAAGAUGGGAUAGUAGUUUAUGAUGGAAAGGGGCUGUUCAGUGCUGCUCGUGUUUGGUGGAUGUUCCGUGUAUUUGGACAUGAUAAAGUUUGGGUGUUAGAUGGAGGUUUGCCCCAAUGGCGUGCUUCUGGGUACGAUGUUGAAUCAAGUGCCUCCAGUGAUGCCAUCCUAAAGGCUAGUGCGGCUGGUGAAGCAAUUGAGAAAGUGUACCAGGGUCAAUCGGUUGGUCCAACCACAUUUGAAGCAAAGCUGCAGCCUCAUCUUCUUUGGAAUCUUGAUCAGGUGAAAGAGAACAUCAAGACCCAGACACAUCAACUUAUAGAUGCUCGAUCAAAACCUAGAUUUGAUGGCACAGUUCCUGAGCCACGAAAGGGCAUUAGAAGUGGGCAUGUGCCUGGGAGCAAAUGCGUUCCGUUUCCCCAGGUUCUUGACAGCUCACAAAAGCUAUUGCCUCCAGAUGAGCUCCGUAAACGGUUUGAGCAAGAAGGAAUAUCACUUGAUCAACCUCUUGUGACCUCUUGCGGCACUGGUGUGACAGCAUGUGUAUUAGCCUUGGGCCUUCAUCGUUUUGGCAAAACCAACGUUGCAAUUUAUGACGGAUCAUGGACUGAAUGGGGCGCCCAUCCUGACACCCCAGUUGCAACUGCUGUUUAG